AUGAAAAAUUCUUCCUCGAUCCAUGAAAAAUAUGCUACACGCUCAACCAUUUUCGGGAAUCAGAAUCAUCCAAAAUCUUAUGGUAAGCGUCAAGCAAGUCAUGAAUCCAAUUUAGGCAUUUUGUGUCAUGACAACAUGAAAUGCUCAAUCAGGAUAAUCUUCGAAACUGGGAAACUGCAAAUGUUACCCGAAAUCAGAAAAUACCGUUUUUGCAUCGCCUCUCAAAAACCUCAACUUACUAACAAUGAAUUCUUUUUCAUGCCUUUUAAUUGCACUGAUUCAUGCUACGAAGGGAAAUCACUUAGUUCAAUGCUAAUUGUGAUUGAAGCAUUAGUCAUGCUGUUUGUGAAGUUCCAAAGUAUGUACGAGAAGUUUGUAAUUUAUUUUUCCACUUGUUGCGCCUUCGAAAGUUCAACUCCAACUGGAGACGCAAAACAUAAGCUCCACUGUUUUUUCGCGGAUAACAAUCAGCACACAGCGCGAUUUUCGUUCCAUUGGAAGUUGUUGGGUCUCCAGACGAGUACGAAACAAGUUAAAAACAUUUCCACUGACGCGCUCAGUGCACCAUUGGAAGUUUUUCUGAUCUUAUUUCAAAUCCAGUUUUCUCAGGAAACCAUUCAAACAGAACAGACAAGAACUUUACUCUUAAACUUUUCUCUUACUUCUUUACCAUCAAAUGAUGGCAAAGCAAUAAGCGUAGAGGAAAAUUGA